UCUGCCUCCAAAGCCUCGGUGAUCAUCAUGGGGGGUAGGUAACUUUACCUAUACCUUAGGUCUGCCACUAAUUAUAACGUAAAUCAAGACACGGUUGAUAGACUGGACGAUGCUUUCCGCCCACCUUCCCCUCUGCGGUCUCUCUUUGUCUCGGAAGAGACACCCCCUCCAUCAGGAGAAGUCGACUGCCCGUUACUAGAUGCAAAACUAAAUGCAGCCAUUGAGAGCUUACGGAAUGGCGAGAUCGCCUCGCUACAUGACGCAGCAGUGCGCCACGCAGUCCCAGAUUCACUCUUAUAUACCCGGUACUAUCGGAAAGACCCCGAGUCAGUGGCCUGCACCUUUGGGAAUCCUUACAACCUUAGUGAGGCAGAUGAACCUAGAGUUUGUCAAUAUAUUGUCCAAUGGCUUCAAUCAGGGUUUCCGACUUCGCCGCACCUUGUCCGCGAAGCUGGAAAUGCUCUACACAAAUGAAAAUGCGAUACCUUGGAUCUGAACUUCAAGCCCCUUGCUCAGGUCUGGGGUCGCCGAUUUCUAGAAUAUCAUCCCCAAUUGAAGAAAACUAUCGACUCAUAUGCUGAGGAACAUAAAAGAAC